AUGACUUUACUAACACCUCAUUGCAAGUUACCUGUGAAGUUCACUGCCCGGGUGCUGCCUUUCAUCUAUCGUGCCAUUGGUUCAAAGCAUCUUCCUGCCAGUAACAUCAGCUUUGUUCAUCUUGAUUCCCAUCCAGACCUUCUUAUUCCUGUGAAUAUGCCUGCAGAUACUGUGUUUGACAAAGAAGCUCUUUUUAAUGAAUUAAGUAUUGAGAACUGGAUUAUGCCUGCUGUUUAUGCUGGCCAUAUUUCUCAAGUAGUAUGGCUUCACCCACCCUAGGCUCAGCAGAUCGCAGAAGGAAAACACUAUUUUUUGAUUGGGAAAGACAUAUCAACCACUACAAUCAGGGUUACAGGUACAGAUCAUUACUUUUUAAGUGAUGGUCUUUAUGUCCCUGCUGAUCAGCUAGAAAACCAGAAGCCUUUACAUUUACAUGUCAUUCUCAUCAGUCCUACUGAAGCAUCAAACAGCCGGGAAGAAAAUGGUGAAGUAGCAUCUACCAAGAGACUGAAGCUAAAUACAGAUGACACAGCAAGCACUGCUUUUGCCUCUGCAUCAGUAGCUCCUGGUGACCCUGAUCACAGCACCUUAAGAGUGAAGAAGAAGGAAGUACAAAAUACAAGUGCACCAAACAAGGAAGAAACAUUGUCAGAGUGCCCAGCUUCAAGCUCCCUCAGAAACAGUGAAUGCCAGAUAAGGGGAGUUGUUAAAGAUGUAUGCCAAGUACUGCAGAAAGGGGAUGCAUAUGUUUUAGACAUUGACUUAGAUUUCUUUUCAGUUAAAAAUCCAUUCAAAGAAAUGUACACGCAGACAGAGUAUGAGCUUUUGCAAGAGUUGUACCAUUUCAAGAAGCCUCAUAGAAACGCAACAGAGGAGAGCUUGCUGGACUGUGUUGAAAACCGUGUUCACCAGCUAGAAGAUCUGGAAGCAGCAUUUGCAGAUUUGUGUGAUAAUGAUGAUGAAGAGACCCUACAGAAGUGGGCUUCAUAUCCUGGAAUGAAGUCACUUGUUCAACUAGUUCACAGUUUGAAAACCAGGAUGGAAAGCCCAGACUACGAAAUGGUUCAUCAGGCUGGUCUGACCUGUGAUUAUAUGGAGCUUCCUCACCAUGUUAGCACUGAAGAGGAGAUUGAAGGCCUCAUACAAUCUGUUAAAGUUCUACUAAAAGAUAUGCCUAAGCCCACACUUGUGACAGUUGCUCGAUCAAGUUUGGAUGAUUAUUGCCCUUCAGAGCAGGUUGACAUCAUUCAAGAGAAGGUUCUCAAUUUACUAGGUUCAGUGUAUGGCACUCUGGAUGUGCACUUAGAUUACUCAAGCACCUCAUCUUCUUUGUGA